CUUAUUUCCUUUAGUCCCUGAGCCAUCUUCGACCCUACCACUGACUCAUCUUGGUUAGGUCUCCUGUUCAUCAGCAUGACUCUCUGGAUCAGAUCUCUGCCUCUCCUAGCGCUGCUUGCUGUUUCAGCUCCUACUACUAGUUAUGCUGUUCCCAAUCAGCACCUAUGUGGCUCCCAUCUAGUGGAAGCACUCUACCUUGUAUGUGGAGAGCGGGGUUUCUACUAUUCCCCCAAAACACGGCGGAAUGUUGAACAGCCCCUAGUGAAUGGGCCUUUACAGAAUGAAGUGGAAACACUGCCAUUCCAACCACAGGACUUUGAGAAGGUGAAGAGAGGAAUUGUGCAGCAAUGUUGUCAAAACUCCUGCUCCCUCUAUGAUCUAGAGAGCUACUGCAACUAACAGAGGAAGACCUGGCUGUGCAUGGGGGGCGGGCGGUGGGG